ACCAGAAAGGCAGAUCAUGCUUGCACACAACGAGAGCCAUGGAAUCAAGUAACAUUAGUUUCCGAAGUUCAUGUAGCAUUUUAUUUCUCUUCCUCUUUUCAAUUUGCAUUGCUAGUAGAGUGAAAACAAAACCAGUGUUGCACUUUGCCCCGAUGGGCAAAGAUGCUCAUUGUUCGUAGAUGCACCUCACGUUGUAAUUUUUCCUAGCCUCGCGAUGGCUAGUAGAGUUCGCAAUCUCUUUGAUACUUUUGGGGAGACGAGUGACCGACAUUACAGCAGAACGAACGCUCAGGAGAGACUCAUAACCGCUGUUGAGCAUGGAGAUGUGCAUUCGGCAGGCUCUCUUCUCCGAAAAGGCAUAUCACCAAACUUCAUAUGUCGUGGUGACUCCUGGUUGAUCCACUCAGCUGUCGAUCGCUGCUAUCUUGGCGUGGUGUACGAGCUGUUAGCAGCUGGUGCCAAUAUCAAUGUCAGGAAUGCAUAUGGACAGACACCACUCCUAAUGGCAUGUCGCCAGCGAUCGUUCGCUCUUGUCAGCCUGUUGCUGCGCUACUGUGCAGAUCCGAGCGUCAGAGAUCACGCUAGUCGAGUUCCCUUGGAUUUCGUUAAUUUCCGUCCCAUGGGAGCAGUUUUGGAGCGGUGCAUUCGCCUGUGUUCCCACUGUCCACGCAUUCCACUGUCGUCCGACUUCCACACUAUUGUGCGGCGACGUGCAUUGACUGCUCCACCACCCUCACCUGACAUUCGUCUGGACGUGAACUCUAAGAGAGACAUGGAGAGAUUGUACAUGUGUUAUCUUUCUGUCAUGUCCCUCGGUGGAUACCACAAGGUAUGCCAUCGCGAUGAGUGGGAUCUGGUCCACAGCGACUCCACCGGCUCCAGACUGGACCUGAGGGAAGAUGCUGUUGAGCAGCGUCUCUAUCGUCAGUACAUUCUCUUGGUGGAGGAUGACCUUUACGAUAGCUGUCCACCUUCACCGCGGGCGUAUCUUGAUCAUGCCGCUGCUGCAUCAUCCCGGGGCCGCUACGAGUCUGAGCACCGUCGCUCCGAUCCUCGAUCAACACCCGUACCGGCCGCUGUCCAACCUACACAGCAGUCUUCACACCGAUCACCACAUGCUUCUCAUGGUUUGUUGGAUAGACCGUCAGCGACGCACGGAGAGCCCAGCAACGUAGGAGAAGCAAGGCGCACCUCGGACGCGCGCCUGCCUGACCCUCGUGAGCAUGACGGCAGGUUGAGACACCACCACCACCACCACCACCAGCAGCACCAGCAGCACCAUCACCAGGAACAACAACAACAACACCAACACCAGGAACAACAACAACACCACCACCAGGAACAACACCAACAGCAGCAGCAGCAGCAACACCAUCAGCAGCAACACCCGCAUCACCCGCAGCAGCAGCAACAUGAGCGUAGCAGAGGCACUGCCGCCACGUAUCCUACACAAGUCGGACACGUUCACCGAGAUCCGAGACUGGUCAGGAAACGUGAGCAACCCUCUCCUCCCGUCCCGCUACCAAUACCUGAUCUCUUGAAGCCGAUUGCGCAAGACUCCACGAGUGACUCCUGCUGGUCGACCACGCCGAGUCGAAACAGCGGGAGCAGCUGGCUGGACUCUGGCCCGGCUCCUGAUGUGAAACGCUCCGUAUUUGAGUCUCUGAAGCUGCUACGGAGUCCCAGCGAUCCUCGGCUGAAGGGCUUGUCAUCUGAGAGGAAAGAUCGAGAAGACAGAACGCCUUCGCAUCCACCCACCAGGAAACUGCCUCAUGCAAACGGAGACCGGAAGGAAACUAGAACGCCCGGCUGGGAGUCCCGUAGACAGACAAGUCCUUCAAGGCAUGAGUGCACGCCAAGCAUUGCUGCUAAUCACCAUUCCUCCAGUCCAGUGAAAUUAAAACAAUCUCCAGCGGUAGUAGCAGCAGCACCGGAGACAGCUUCACCCGUUCGUACAGACAAUGGUGUGUCCACGCGCAGAAAGGUAGCAGCUGCAAAACCAUCGUCCACACAGGAGCCACGUACCCCUGCACCAUUCGCUUCUAGCUGUGUGAAACGCGACCUGAGUCGGCACUCUAUGCCCGUGCUGGAGCGCAUGAAGGCUGCCUUUCUGCAGGAAGACCCGUGUCCCGUUGUACCCGCUCCGGCUGACAGUACCACGUCAGAUCUGUCACCCACCGCCACAACCGUCUCACCAGUGGUAACAUCCUCGCCGAAGUCGCAGCCUGCCGUCACCUACUCCUCGCACAUUGGUUCGGGUAGCAGCAAUACGGAUACUGCUAGCUCUCCGGGGACACCACUGAAGCGUAUUCGUCCCCUGUCUGAUUCGCGCACUCAGCUAGCUGUCACUUCUAUUGAGGAGCAUGCUGGCUGUAAAUCAGAUCACCAGGGUGAUCAAGAUGAGUAUACCAAGGAAGAAGAGGAAGAUCGACUGGUAGUAGAUCUUGAAUCACAACCAACAACACCGGAUCAUGAUGAUAGUGGUGACAUUGUUGAAGUGAGCGAUGGAGAGCAGUGUGUCGCCUCUACAGGAUCCCGGCAGCAUUCGCCGUCAAGUGUGUGUUCCUCUAACUUGCUAAUGUUUGACGACGACGACGACGAUGCUGAGAUUGUGUCGGCUCUUGAUCACGCUGCUUCGGCGUGUGCUGAUGAGGACUAUGACAACGAUCGGUGCAGUGAAACGUCUGAGGCCGACAGUACCAAGACUGUUGGUGGCAGUAGCAGUGCUGGUGCUAGCAAACGCCGCGCUCGUGAAUUGGAGCGCCUGGUCAUCACACCUCCUCCUUGCCGCUCACCGCCCAAGGAGGUGGCCGUGCCGGACUUUGUGACCGACCCACGCUACUUGUCCCGAGAGCAGCGGAAACUGCAGCAGACACUGCAACACUUCCAGCUCAUGGAGAUGAGGGCAUCCGCCAAGGCUAACAGACAGAAGCGCAAGACCAACAACGCAGCUCAUACUGAGAAGCCGAAAACCAACACCGGCACGUCUUCAUCAAGCGUGGGCAACGUCAGCCAGGACCUGAGGAAAGUGAAGCAGGAUAAGCUACCAAAGUCUCAGCUGCGUGCUGCUUCUCUGCAGAGCCUGAGGCAAGCUCGUGAGGUGCGCUGGGCCAGGCGCUCAUCUCAAAAGCCGAUUGAUGUUGAUGCUGGUGAUGCCGAUGCAGUGGGUUCCAGCUCUGUGCUGUCACGGGCACAUGCGGCAGCGCGUACUGCAGCUGCUAUGACUGCUGCUGUUACUGCUGAUCCGGGUCUUAGAAGUGCACGAAAGGGUGCUGGAUUAAGAUGUAACGUCCCCUCCAGAGCUCAGCUGGACCAGCCAGCACCUGCUGGUGAGGCUAGAGCAGCUCGUGCACUGUCACCGUCUUCGCAGCCACCUCCCAAGGUUCGCAAGGUUCAGCAUGUCAAGCCCUUUGUUCAGGGUGAAGAAGUACCAGACAAUAUGAGUCAAUGCAGCGAAUCCAGCCAAUCCAGCCAUUGCAGCCAAUCCAGUCAGUACAGCGACAGUAUGAAAGGAGGGAAGAAGUUCCAGGACUUUCGGCCUACGAUACUACCUACUCGAUCCAGGGCCACCACUGCUGCAGCUACUGCCGCUUCCGUUCCUCUGCCCUCUGGUACUGCUGGGAAAAGAUCUCGAGAAACCUCGCAGUCUGACACUAGAUCUCGCUCUGCAUCUCCAGCUGGCAGUGACUAUGGCAACCAUGAACCUUCCGCCAAACGGCCCGCCAUGAAGCUGGCCACUGCUGCUGCUACAGGCAAGCAGAAGAAGAAGGUGAUGGAAGGUGUGGCCAAGGACACUUGGGGCGAAACACCUGUGCAUCGUGCAGCACGUAAUGGCGAUCUGCCGCGCAUCAAGCAAUGUAUCGAUCAAGGCAUGGACGUCAAUUGCCAAGACAAUGCCGGCUGGACACCACUACACGAGGCGAUCAGCAGGAAUCGAAUUGAUGUGGCCGAGAUCCUUCUGCAGAAUGGCGCUACUCCAGACCCGAUAGCCGGCGACGGAACAACGCCACUCGAUGAUGCAAUGGAGAGAAACUCCCUGGAAGCUGUACAGCUGCUGCUCCGCUUUGGUGCUGAUCCUACUCGUGCUCUGAACGCUACCAACUUCACCGUAGAUGAGGAGUCAGAGAGUGCAAUAGUCUUCAAAGAGGCACUAUCUGUGCGUAAAAGCACUGUCUUUGAGCUGGGUCGAGCCCUGCCAAAGCCGUUGGCCUUGUCUGAUAGAAGUCCCCUACCUACUCUGGAUGAUAUGAAGCCAUUUGAGGCAGCCCUUCGAGCAGACAUCCAUGCGUUAGUUCAGCACCUGGGAAAGAUGUCUGCAGACAAACCUAGUUACUACGCCGGGGCUGCGUUUGAGGUGUCUGAUGAACCAUUCCUACCUACCUACAGUCUGGCUGUCAUGCCCGGCAGUUCACAGCGAUACAACUACGUCCUUGUCGAGGAUGUUUUGGAGACGCUCAAUUUCGAAGCCUCGGACUUCUUGACGACCUUUCCGUCCAUCCAGGAGUUGAACAUAACCAUGGCGUCGUUCUGUCGCCUUGCCGAGGGCUCGUUGUUCAAUCCAUGCGAGCCGCUGGACCGGGUGACAGAUAGCCAACGUGCACCGGAUGAAGAAAUCAGCCUGUUCCUGUGGAACGACGAUAUACGCACAGUGCUUGGUAUCCCUCUGGUUCUACUGUAAACUACUCGUCUUGUUGUUGUUGUUGUUGUUGUUGUUGUUGUUGUUGUUGUUGUUGUUGUUGUUGUUGUUGUUGUUGUUGUUGUUGUCAUUGUUGUGGUGGUACUAGCUCCUUUCGUCGCCGUUUGCCAUUUCAUUUCCUUUUUUAUUCAUCCUGCAUUUUAUUGUGAUUUAGUUGAAGAUCUGACUGCACCCAGAGAGAGAGAGACAGUGUAAAAAAUCCCAAUGGUGCCCAGACUGUUUUAGAUGUUCAAAGGCAAACGCGCCUACGCACAUCGCUUGGUCAAACAUGAUUUAUAUUUCAAAGUGGUGCUGAUUUUGAGUUGGGCAUAGUGGAGGCUAACUUAGAUCUUCUCUCCAUGCCGAUGCUCUCCCACUUGAUGCUCCUGAUAUCGUCCUAUUGUGAACAAGCUCAAUUCUCUGCUACCCUAGGUCCGAUCCGCUUCAAAGUUCAUUUUUUAUUUGCUUUAUUACGCCAUUGCUGCAGCAACGAUAAGACAGCUGCAGCUGCAUGAGCACCGUAUCCACAGACUAGCACUAGCACAUGUGUACACAUCUAUCCGUAUAUUGCACACCUGUUCUGAUCCACUGGAGAACCUCUCUGAACAGUUAUUUUUCCCUUUACAGGAGGAGCGUUUUGAUAAUAGCAUUGUACGUGGAACUCUGUAACCAUCCCUAUAAUAUUAUUAUUCAUUGUAGCGAUUUAACACCUUUGUAUGCAUUUCCCAAUCCUCUGUGUCCUUCCUACUCCUUGGAGUGGUCUUUUAUUGACAGUGCUUUGCGCAACCUUUCCGCAUCGUUCGUAUUCAUAAUUCCUUUGUAUAACUUUGGACGAAUUUGAGAUGUUUGGUCUA